AUGCUGACUCGAGCUCGCAGCUUAGCUUGCAUUGCCGGCGGAGUCGACGUACCAAUCUUCUUGCAGAGCAUUUCUUCCAAGCACCCAUCGUCCUGUCGUUCGCAUCGACGUGCUUCAUUCCAACACAUCAGCCAGAUAGCUGCGACUCCUUCUUCAACGAUGUCGGAAUCACCACCGUUGGACAAGUCCAAAGUCGACUACUCGGUCUACCUCGUCACUGGUCGAGACCUCCUGCCCGCCGGAGUUGACUACUACACCUCCCUCGACCUGUGUCUCUCCCAAGGCCAUGUCACCGUCGUCCAGAUCCGCGAGAAGAACACCGAAACCGAUCUCUUUCUCGACAUCGCACGCAAGUCUCUCGCCAUCUGCGACAGGUACAACGUGCCCAUGCUGAUCAACGACAACCUCUCCGUGUGUCUGUCGCUGCCCGAGCGUGUCGGACUGCAUAUUGGGCAGGAAGACAUUCCGGUGACGGAAGCGAGGAGGAUCCUGGGCGAGAGGAGGCUGUUGGGUGUGUCGGUGAAGAAUGUGGAGCAGGCGAGGGUAGCGAUGGAGGAGGCAAAGGUGGAUUAUGUUGGUGUGGGACCGUGUUACGGUACCUUGAGUAAGGCGGGGAUCACGGAGGAGAAAGCGAUCGGUUGCAGCGGGGCACAAAAGAUCGUUGCCGAGUUGAGGAAAGAUGGCAAGAGGCUGCCGUGUGUGUUGAUUGGCGGCUUGAAUCAGAAGACGGCAGCGAGGACGCUAUUUGGUGUUACGAGUGCGGGGAAUGCUCCCGAUGGAAUCGCCGUCAUUUCGGCCAUCGUGGGACGAACGGAUUCGGACGUAGCUGCAAAGGAGCUCAGCGAUAUCGUCAAGAAGUACAAAGCGGGUCUCGCUGCAUCGGCUGGAUCUUCCAUCGCAGGCGUCGCAUCAGCCUUCGCCUUGCCACCAAGUGUUUCCACCACCAAGGAUGUCUCGUGGUACAAAUCCGCCGUCGCCUCUCUCCUCACCUUCCACCGCUCAUCCACUUCCGGACCCCCGCUCAUCCAGACCAUCACCUCGCACGUCUCAUCCACUAUGUCGGCCAACCUCGCGCUUGCCUUCUCGUCAUCCCCCAUCAUGUCACACGAAGCUGCCGAAGCCGCCGAUCUCAGUCUCGCCAUCGGCGCGCUCGUCCUCAACAUCGGCACCAUCUCCCCCGCCUCUCUCCAAGGCAUGCACGUCGCCGGAACAUCCGCCAACCGCAACCUCAAACCCGUCGUCCUCGAUCCUGUCGGCGGAGGAGCAACGCAGUUCCGAAGGGACACCGUUCGCGGCAUCCUCAACGCUACGCAGGUGACGUUGCUCAAGGGCAAUGCGGCCGAGUUGGCUAGCAUCGCCGGUAAAUCGGACGAGGUCAAGAGUCGAGGUGUCGAUUCGGGCGCUGGUGCAUUGAAGGAUCCUGUGGGGCUGGUGAGGGAUCUGGCGAGGAAGGAGAGGAGUUUGGUUCUGUUGUCUGGCAAAAAGGACUAUUUGACGGAUGGAGAAACGGUGAUCAUGAGUGACAACGGACAUCCUUUGCUGGGUGCUAUCACUGGAUCGGGUUGCGCGUUGGGUGUCACGGUGGGCGCCGGCCUGGCUGCCGCGUGCAACUUGGCGAAAUCGCAGUCGGACGGAGUGACAUCGCUCGGAAACACGCUUGUGGCUCACGGAGAAGUGGAUCUGUUGGUCGGAGCACUGACAGGUCUGCUGGCUAUGACGAUCGCCAGCGAAAAAGCUGCUGUCAGGGACGACGUCCGAGGUCCCGGAACGUUCAUCCCCGCUUUACAGGACGAGUUGGCCGCCGUCUCCGCUGAAGACAUCCUCAAGAUGGCAAAGAUCGACAUCGUGUCCUCCUAG